AGCACACACCUUUUCUAGAAAAUUGCUAGUCCACAAAACACAUUUAUUUGUUCAUCCGUUAUUUUUCGUUUGUCCCAUUUGGAACAUCAAUCCGAGGAGAGUGAGACCACUUUACUACCAAUAUUAGUCUAUAAAUGAUUGUUUUAAGCAAAUUUUCAAAUACAAAAAAUACCAAUCUAUUAAUUAAUGCAUAGACUUCUAUAAAGAAAGAAAAUGGAAGCAAAGGCAAAUAGUAAUGGAAGUAACAAACGAUGGUCACUUCAAGGGAUGAAUGUUCUUGUCACCGGUGGUACCAAAGGCAUUGGGCAUGCAAUUGUAGAGGAACUUGCGGAACUAGGAGCAUGUGUUUAUACAUGCGCUCGCAAUGAAGAAGAGCUCGAUGCUUGUUUGGUUGAUUGGAAGACUAAAGGUCUUCAAGUGAGUGGCUCAAUCUGUGAUGUUUCUUCUCAACCUCAAAGAGAGAAGCUUAUGGAGACUAUCAAUACCAUCUUUGGUGGAAAAUUGGACAUACUUGUAAACAAUGUUGGUGGUUGCAGAAUGAAAGAAACAAUUGAUUACACAAGUGAGGAUUUCUCAUAUGUAAUGGCCCUUAACUUUGAUUCAGCAUAUCAUCUUUCUCAACUUGCUUAUCCUAUGUUAAAGGCCUCAGGGGGAGGCAACAUUAUAUUCCUUUCAUCAAUUGCUAGUUUCUUUGGCAUCAAUGUUGGCUCCGCUUAUGGAGCUGCAAAAGGGGCAUUAAACCAACUAGCCAAAAAUUUGGCAUGUGAAUGGGCCAAAGACAAUAUUAGGGUGAAUUCUGUUGCUCCUGGGUACAUUAGGACACCUUUGGCAGAUGUGUUACUCAGUAAAAAGGAGAAUUUGGAGGAUAUCAAGUCACGAACAGCUCUUGGACGUGAAGGAGAGCCUCAGGAAGUGUCAGGAUUAGUAGCUUUCCUUUGCAUGCCAGCAUCUUCCUACAUUACUGGCCAAACUAUAUUUGUUGAUGGUGGAAUUACUGUCAAUGGUUUUCUACCAAUUGUAAACUAGGAUAAUUAAUACUCGUGUUAUAUUAUUCCCUCCGUUCCUUUUUAUUUGUUACAUUUUUUGUUUUUUAUGUGUAAUGAUUGAAAUUUAUACUCAGUUUAUAUCAUGAAUAUUGGACACAUUUAUCCUUUCUAUAA